AUGUCCCACAACGAACAGUCGGGCGCCGACGUGGCAGAGGACUACAAGCAGGCUUUGGAGGAUCUGAACUCAACCAACAGGGCCGACAUCAGCACGUUGACGACUAUUGCGCGAGAGAAUACCGAGCACGCCCAAAUCAUCACAGAUAUUCUUCAGAGGCAUAUCAUGAAAGCACCGGCGCACAAGAAGCUGCCUGCUAUAUAUGUUCUCGACUCGAUCGUAAAAAACGUCGGCACACCCUACACUCUAUUUUUUGGAGCUCAGCUUUUCCAGACCUUUAUGGAGGCCUAUGCUGCCGUGGACGGCCAUGUCCGUCGCAAGAUGGAGGAGACGCUGCAGACGUGGAAGCAACCUGUGCCUCAGUCGCUCGACGACAGGCCUGUGUUCCCGCCAGAAGUCACGAAGCCGAUCGAGGAAUCGUUGAACAAAGCGCGGAAUUCAGCUUUGGCCCUCCAGGCGCAAGGUCGUGGACACCCCGUGGGUAGAGCCCGUGGCGCAGGAAUUCAUAGGGCAACGCCGACACCACCCGGCAUGAGGCCAGGAUCGAGCCAACCCGGAUAUCCUGGCCCGCCACCUCAUGCACAGCAGCAACAGCUCAACGGCAGCCGGCCAUCUAGCGUUCAACAACAGCAGGCACCGGCACCCUAUCCCCCGCCACAGGCAUAUGGCGGCCUCCAGCCUACUGCUGCUGUCCCUACACCGUUUCAGGCGUCGCCGUCGCAGCAUCAUUCCGUGAACAUUGCCGUGUUGAAACAUGACAUCCAGGAGCUCAUCGCCGCCUCCGCGUUGGAAGCGGCGCAGUAUCCGCACGAUGGGGUUAUUAAGGCGAGGCUGCAGGGGUUGCAUGAUUUACAAAGGUUGCUUCAAACCCAGGACAUGCCGCAGGAUCAUUUGAUUCUCAUUAAAAAUCAAGUAGCCGAUCUCGCUUUAAAAGUGAGGCCACAGUCGGUCCCAAGCUCUGCCCCUAUCGCUGCUGCUACGCCCGUAUCAUAUCACCCACCGCCGCCUGCACCCGUGGCGCAUAUAGCGCCGCAGCCAGCUUCAGUCACACUUGAUUCUCUGCUUGGCCAGGGCGCGCUGGCGAGUCUUUUGGCUCGGCAGUCUGCGACGCCGCAGGCGCAAACGCCGGCGCCAGCUCCGCCGCCUUAUGCCGGCAUGCCGAUUCGAUCGCCUCAGCCGCCCGUGGCCGAGCCGCAACGACAGUCUAGCGCGGCACCGACCCCGGAUCCGAUGGCGUUGCUCGCCGGUCUGCGCAUGGCCGGCCUCCUGGGCGGCACGCCUACGACUACACCGCCGGUACCGACACCAAUACCCAACCUGCCCCACCCUGGGCUGUCUCUGCCAUCGCUCGGGGGUGUUCCUCCUCCACCGCCACCCGGAGGGGUACCGCCGCCAGGGGCAGGUAUCAUACCUCCAAACAUCGCGAGUUUGCUUAGCGGCAGUAACCUGCCGCUCUCCGUGCGUAUGAUGGACCAAAUACAGCUUAAUUCAACGUCACUAAAGCAAGAGUUUCGCGCUCAUCUACUUCCGUCCCUUUUUGAUGCUCUCGGCCCGCAGUGCACGCAGUGCGGUCGACGGUUCACGAAGGACGAGGACGGGCGCAAGAAGAAGACGGCGCACAUGGACUGGCACUUUCAAGUCCACCACCGCCUAGCGGAAGCAGAGCGCCGCGGGCAGCAUCGCAGUUGGUACGUAGACCACUCGGACUGGGUGGCUUCGCGCGAGGUUGUGGACGCCGACCAUGCCAAGGAGGCAGCCGAGGCGGCGGCACGACAAGACAGCGGGGCCCACGGUAGCGGCGGUGCCGGCGGGAAGGGCUCGUCGCAGGUUCCGUACAUUGCGGUGCCUGAUGCCUCGGCGGGGGUCAACACGACGUGCCCGAUCUGCCAGGAGGAAUUCGAGAACAAGUGGCUCGACACGGCGCAGGAGUGGGUUUGGCUGGAUGCCAAGCUCGUGGGGAACAGGGCUUAUCAUGCGAGCUGCCAUGCUGAAGCGACAAUGGUGCGGGACGCCACGCCGGCGAGGGGGACGCCGGAGCCUGUCUUAGGGAAGCGCAAGGCGGAGGACGAACUCAAGAAUGCGAGGCGGCUCAAGAUGGAAUCUGCAUGA